AUGGAGGGUCAAGACGUGCAUCCUGGCCAGACAGUGACAGGGUUGAGCCACAGAUACUGUGAAGAGGUCGGAGGUCUGAUGCGAACGACCAGAAAGUCGGAUCAUCAGAGCCUCAUGUACAUACUGUCUGUCUGCUCUGGCCAUCAUGACGGACAUGUGCAGGCUUAUACGAAGGCCAGCCCCACUGUUGCUAUCGCAUGGCAUGUAGUGCCUCACUUUCCGCAUGGUUGUGCCCAAAGGCUGUCUCCUGCCUGCGCUUGCGCAAUACCGGCAUCUGUAGUGAACAUUUCAUUUGCAGUCUGUUGCUGUUGCCAGUGUUGCUGUGAGCUGGCAGCCCGCAGGUGUACGGCCAGCAUGUUCGGGGUCGGGCGAGGCCGUGAGGAGGGGACCGACGAGACUAAAGUGGACGAACAGGGAAACCAAACAGUACGGCCAUUUCGGAAGCCAUCUGGCUCGAUAUUACCUGUCGCUCAGGUGAUGCUUGCUUCGGGAUUAACUGUUGCUCCAGCAGCCGGGGCUAGGGUUGCUGUAGUAACAGGAGUCACGAGCCAUGCAAUUCACUUCUUCCGCCAGGCCUGCUAUUUGUCUAUCCCCUUCAUAUCCUAUCCUCUCAAUUGGCACGGCCUCUGUUCACCUCGUCUCGACCUAUUCCCACGACAGACCGAGUUAAUAAGAUGUUGUAUGAAUGUCUCGGAUACAACUCUGUCUUGUGUUGACCGCCUGUUGACCCCUGUUCGUCCCCUUUCCCUCGGCCCCAAUUGGACGCCCAAACUACCACCGCAUUGUAUACUCACACCAGCCAAAUACGGAUCAGAUAACCGGACUUCUUCGGCCCGUGUCAGUCUCUUUCGAGGCUCAUCUCGAGCCUGCCAGCCAUGCACGGAGGCUGACCAACUCGCCUUGGCUGGCAACAAACAUUACGAGGGACUAUGUCGCCCCGCCUGUACACUGCCUCAGUCCCAGACCGGGUUACCUCGGUCCGGUACGCUCUCCCAACCUGCCCAUAGGACACUGGGGAGUGAAUAA